AUGGGAUUCUCUCUGCUCACGUGGCAUGGAAUGUCCUUGAAGUCUGGCGAUAAAAUAAAUGAGAUUUAUCAAGAAGAACCUAAGUGUGAACUUGAAUAUGAAGUCUCGUCCGCAGAACCAUGGGACGACACAGAUGGAUGGAUGUCUGCAGAUGAACCUGUUUCAACCACAAGGACUGGGGAACCAUCUGCAAGCUAUAUUGGAUUUACGGGGACACCCGAAGCACUUGAACCUGAUAGAAAUUCAAAGCCUGAUGAGGGUAAGACUGGUGAUUUUGAGGAUCUGGAAAUGUUGAUGUCUAAGAUUGGGAACAUGCGUAGCAGUUUGAUGUUAAUGCCCGAUUUCCAAAGGAAGGAAAUCACUGUAAAACUGGCCAUGAAAAUGGUUGUAAUGUUUGGAGAUGGCAAUGGAGGUGAAGAGGGAUUUGAUUGA